AGAAUCAUGUUAAAACCUUCACGAUGUCUUUAUUUAAUAGUUCGCCGCACAAUUACCCAAACCAACUACAAGGCUGUACAUCUGACAGGGACGGUUGCGGUGAAAAAGUUUAUCGAAUCGGAAAAUGAUUAUGCCAGUGCAGUUUUGCGAAACGUUCAGCUUAACCAUCGCUUGGUUGUACCAGAAGUACCGAUGGAUAUGGAAAGCAUCCUGCACACACCCGACCGCUGGUGUGGUGGUGAUCCGGACAAGGUGCUGCUGGUGCUAAGACACAUCGUUUCAUCGAUCGGUGUGACCGGUGCGGGAGCGUCCGGGCUGGAAGAUAAUCGGUUUACCGAGUUUAUCGCAACGUUUGUCCGGCUGGUGCCAACAUUUUCCGACUCACAGCUAUCCCAGGCACUGGAAACGCUCGCCGUACUGGAGGAGAUUAAAUCGAUCCACGAACCGAACUAUUUGACCCUGUGGACCACGCUGGACAGUGAAUGUUUGGAGCGGGUUACAAGCUGGAACGUGGACCAGCUCCUUCACUUUGCUGACCGGUGGUAUCCGUUGCGGUUGGCAAAGCAGGGCAAGUACGUUAACAAAGCAAUCUGGAAAAUAAGCAACCGUCUUCGCAAGCUACCACCGAACCAGCUGUUGAAGACCGUUUUCUACAUCAAUCUUACCCGCGUGCCGGUAGAGAAUAUGAUGGAUAUCGAGACCAACUUUCAUCAAAACUUUGACCACUUCUCCAUCGACGACAUUGCGAUACUGUGCAUGGGAUUCUUCAAGACGGAAACACCGAUCCGGAAUGGUGAGUUGUUGGAGAAAAUCUACCAAAAGCUUACCGCCCAUCUGUCCACGGUGGAAGACAUUGGAUUGACGGCGAUAUUGAAGUUGUUGCGUUAUUCAUCCCGAAUACCGCAGGUCGAAUCGAUGCAGCAUCUGCUGGAUGCGCUAGUGCCGGAAGUGCCGAAACUUUCGGUGCUUGCCUGCCUGCAUGUUGCGCUGCUCGGCAGCGAUAUACACGUUUGCCAUCGGGAUACGCUCGAACUGGUGGUGGAAAAAUUUCUCGCCAACAUUGGCACGCUACGGCUGAAGGAUGCGGAACGGAUAGCGUUUGUGCUGGCGCACGGGAACAUUGAGCUGAGGGAAGCGCGGGAAAUGCAGCUACUGCGAGCGAUUCUUGCUGACCUACCGAAUCGGGUGGCGGAAAUUGUACAGUACCCGAAAUGUUACGUGUCGCUGCUUUAUUUCCUUGCGCUGAGGCACGUCUACGAUGCGACGUUCAUUUCGGGUGCUUUCGAGCCGAAAUUCUUACAGCUCGCUUACAACCGAAAUAUCGGUGGUGCUGGACGGGAAGCUGUGGCGCUGGAUGCGUUUGCAGCUAUUAAUCUCGCUGAGACCGGAUACGCGGGGAAUCGGUUCCCGGAGCAAGCGUUCCGGUUGGUGUGUAAGCUAACGCAGGAUUAUCUUCCGAACCCUAAGUACAAGCUUACCAAGUCGGACCGGAUGUUGCUCGAUAUACAGUCAACGUUCAACACACUGUGGAACGUACCGUGUCAGAUAAUGCAUCUGCUGCCACAUUACCAGCGACCGGACAUUUUGUUUUGCUGUGACGCACGGUCACGACAGGUAGUGGCGUUGCCGGACCAGCUUAUCAACACGCACGAUAUACGGACGCGCGAAAGCAUUCUGGGGGAGCGUAGCGGAGACAAUAAUCUGCGACUUGUUGCAAUCGUUGUUGGAUCGUGGAACUGUUACAUCCGGUACGAUCGACGCCGUACCGGUGGUUACGCGAUGAAGUUGGCACAACUACGGAAGCUAAACUAUGACACAAUCGAGAUACCAUGGUACGAGUGGCCCGUUUAUGCUCGCGACGAUAUGCAAAAGUACCUCGAGUCGAAGCUGGCACCGUUCUUCAGCAAAGCGCGUAAGCGAGAGAUGAUCAAAAAAUAA